AUAUUCACUCUCUAUCUCCCCCUCUCCCCAGGUCUGGUGUGUGUGUCCGUGCUGCCCCCGAGGCGCGGGUCCUUCUAUGUGGAGCAUGGGACUGGGGUGUCGGUGGGUACAGUGCUGGCCUUCUGGUGCAAGGAGGGCUACCAGCUGGUGGGCAGUGAUAAGAUCUCCUGCAGAGUCCGGGCAGGCAAACCCCAGUGGAGCAACUUCCUGCCAGUCUGUGAGGGUGAGACAACACAGAUGGUCCAAUCCCUAGCUAGCCCUUUAGCUCCCAGCCUCUUCUCCUAUUUUGUGCCCAUUUCUGCUAGCUCCUACCCUCCUUUCCUAGCUCCCUACUCCUAGCUCCCACCCCUGCAGUGAUCACAGAUCUUUAAAAAUAUAUCUGAAGUGGCAUGAUAGGUGAAAGUAAUUUGGCACAGACUCAGUACUGAACUGAAUUGACUUGCCCUUGAUCUGCCCUCCCCUCAGCCAUCCCGAGGCCAGAGGACCGGGGUCUUCGUGUGGCCGUGUUGGCCUCUGUGGUCAGUGGCAUCGUCAUCCUGGCCAUGUCUCUCUCCUUCAUCAUCUGCUGCCUGCAGGAACGCACUGGGAAGGACAGGGGCACCAGGAGGGACGUCAGGAGCAGGUACACACAAACACACACCCACACGCAUUCACAGACGCAAGCAAGCACACACACACACACACACACACAUUUUAAAUACUUCAUUUUAAUCCACAUAUCACAUUACAUUUGAGAAGGAUUCAAACACUUCAUAGGUCAUGGAUAUAAUUAAUGGACACUUAUGGGUACAGAAAGCACCUUCUUAUCCAUACAGCAAGGCUGCCCAUGACCGCUGACACAGAGCAGUACCUCGCUAGAUGCUUUGCCUUUAUGCGAUGCAGGCCUGCAAUCUCAAGUCACGUACUGUCAGCCUGGCCGAGACUCUCAAAUAUCAGCACUACAAGUUUGCACUGAUAACCAAGGCUGUUCAGGGAUGACAUGAAGGGCUGGUAUUCCAGCAACUUGUCAACCAAGGCCUGCUCCAUGUAGGAGUCAAAAGAGCAACCCACUUUCAAAAUGAGCACCUCCCUCUGGCCUCCCCCCACAACAACAAUAUCUGGCAUAUUUGGUAUCUAAGAAAACACACACACACACACACACACACACAUUUCGAAACUAUUCCGGAAAGAGGAGACAGAGGUGAUAUUGAUGGAGAUGAUAAUAACCACCUCUCUCCAGGCGUAGAGACACGCGGCCUUCUCGGCGUAGUGAGUGCUGGCUGGAGAGAGAGGAGGGGGACUGUGACACCUUCCCCCCUCCUAAGAUCUUCCACCUGUCCCAGCAGCCGGACCUCCGGCUGGCUGCAGAGAGCCCUGUUUACCUGGGGGGCAUGGCUGGCUUCGACAACCGCAGGAUACCAGAGGUGAGAAGCUGAGAUCUACUGUAUGAACCUAAAUGGGCUGUAAAUAUCAAUAGAACCCUGCUACUGUAUGUACCUUUUAUAGACAUCUAAUAUAUUGGUUUGUAGAUAAAUGUUGUUUCCACUGAUUCUAAGGUCUCUCUCUCUAUCUCGCUCUAGGAGUCAGGAGAGCCUACUGAAGGCCCCUCUACCUGGUCUGUUCCGGGCGGAGAGUCAGAUGAUCUACCCCCACGUGGUGCUCCAGAGAGUCCCCACCCCCACCGCCCCUACGGCCCCUACGGCCCCUGUCUACCUCCACAACAUGCCCUCCAACUCUACCUGCAGCCCUGGAGGUGCUCCCUCCCAGCCACACCAUAUGCCCCCAUACCCUACCCCGCAGUAUCCUAUCCACAACUCCACCCCCCAG